AUGGCAGACAUCAUCAUCAUCGGCGGCGGCAUUGGCGGCGUUGUACUUGCCUCGCGGUUGCACGAACGCAAACCUGAGCUCUCCAUCACCCUCAUCGAGGCAGGCCCUGAUGUCACUGGAAAGCCGCACAUCUCCAACCCUGCUGAAGCGGCGUUGGUGCACUUAUCAGACCUCGACUAUAAAUUCUUUACGGCGCCCCAGAAACACCUCGGUGGAGCUCCAAAGUACAAUUGCGCCAUCAAGGGACUCUCUGGGGGCACAAUCAUCAACACUGGAGGCUGGAUCCGUGGAGAUAAAGCCGACUAUGACGAGUGGGGAAAAGAGGUCAAGGACGACAGGUGGAGCUACAAUGGCCUUCUUCCCUACUUCAAGCAGUCUGAGAAGCACUUCGACCCGAACGGUGACCCCACUCAGCAUGGCUUUGAUGGCCCCGUUGUCACUGCUUCAGUCACCUCGUCAGGCCGCAAGUUUCCCCUGCGCGAGCCCGUCUUGAAGUUGUGGCAGAACCUCGGACUGGAGCACAUUCACGACGCAAACAAUGGUCACCCUCAGGGCAUCACCGAUCUCAUCGAGAACUGGAAAGAUGGAAAGCGACAGAUUGUUAGCGAGACAUAUCCUCUUGCUGGAGUCAACGUUCUCACUGAGAAAACGGUGCGCCGCGUCAUCAUCAACGACGACAAGGUUGCCGUUGGUGUCGAGCUUGCCAAUGGCGAGAAGCUUUCUGUCAAAGAGGGGGGUCAAGUUGUCGUGUCCUCGGGCGCAUACGGAACCCCCAAGGUCCUCCAGCUUUCUGGCAUUGGAAACCCAGCUGAGCUCUCUAAGCAUGGCAUCCCCACAGUCGUCGACCUACCCGCAGUUGGCACCAAUCUGUUUGACCACCUCAUGCUCUUCCGGUACUGGAAGUUGAGACAUCCUGAACAGGGACUCGCCCUUGGAUCGCCAAAGUUCGGCGGUCCCAACUACGACAAAGGAGGACCGGUUGACUGGCUCGUCACAGCACCAAUCGCAGUUGCACCUUACAAGGCCGCUCUCGAGAAAGACGUGGGACCAGUGUCAGACGAUGAUGCCCUUCUCCAGAACCGUAGCCAUCUCGAGAUGAACCUCUUGUACGCCGCCAUAGGUGCCGAAACUCAAGGCCUCACCAUCCCAAUGGACGGCAACUCCGUCAUGACUUUUUACAUGGGCUGCUUGCCAACGUCUCGAGGAUCGGUUACGCUUGGCUCGAGUGACCCAGAGGCUCCUCCAGUCAUCGAUCCCAACUACUACGCCACCGAGGCUGACAAGCACGUCAUGCGCGAAGGCUUCCGCAUGCACACCAAACUCAUGUUUGACACUCCCGAGGGCCAAGACCUUGUCGUGGAAGAGUACACACCUGCUGGCCAUGAUGUUGCAGGCCUCAAUAUAUCGGAUGAGUCGAUUGACAAACGUAUUGCAUUGGGCGGCUCCACCGUGUUCCAUCCUGCGGGUACGGCCGCGAUGGGCAAGGUGGUAGAUCCGUCGCUCAAGGUGUACGGAGUGAAGGGCCUCCGUGUUGUGGACGCUAGUAUUAUCCCAAAGCCGAUCGCUUCGCACACCCAGGUCGCUGUCUACGCAAUCGCCGAGCAGGCCGCCGACAUCAUGCUCAGCGAGCUUUGA